CCUCUCUCCAGGCACACAGUGUUGCUCUCACAGGUUGACAGUAAACUGAGGCUGUUCUGAAGAUGGGAGGGACUGACUGACUAUUCCACUUACCUGGCAGUCUGACUAAGUAGUCUUACCUACUAUCAACCCUAACACCCGGGUUGGACUGACCCAGUGGGGUGGGGGGGGGCAGAAAGCUGAACCUGCGUUGAGGCUGAAGUGGCUUCGACAGGCUGAGCCCUUUGUGACGAAGACACUCCAGCAGGCGCCAGCGCCAGCUGAGGUCUGCCGCUUCAUUUUCCAAGGCUUUGUUCUCCAAGACACCCUAACUCCAUUUUAAGCUGUAGCGGUGAAACUUGUUUUGCAUCAACCAUCAAGCUUUGCAUUUGGAGGCAUAGUUUGGAUGCACUUGGAAAAAGGCCAGAAUUGGACCAAGCCCUUAUUUGCGCUUUAUCAAGAUAUCGGUCGUUUUGUUUACCUUCUGUGGAACCUCUUUGCUCAUGGGACUGUGUCAGUUGUUUUUGACAACCAGCGAUGGCGUACAUCUUCAGCGAAGUCCCUUGAUCGAGUAUCAGGUUCUAUUGGCAUGACCCAUCUAGGUAAGGCCACACCAAACCUGUGGGGUAAUAGACACUUCAUGUAAUCAGCUCCGCGCUUGGGUUAGUGUGAGGUUACAGGGCCAGAACUGCUGACAUCCAAUUGUACCCUACGCACAAACCCACUGGGUCUGAUGGUGACGUCUCUGAAGCUCAAUCAAUCCAAAAUAGGGGAGCUGCCACAAGUGGCUGCACAGUCAUUGCUUCUUAAAUAAUGAAUCAUUUAAAUAGAUAGAGGGAGGAAAGCAAUGGAGUCUUCUCUCCCUCUGCCACCACCUGUCACUCCGAUCACUGGUGGGGAAAAACCUCGAGUUAAAAAAUAAAAGCUACAUUGAAGACAUCUGACCAGAUGUUGAAAAGAAACAGAGACAUAAGAAGCUUGAGAAAGGAAAGUAAUUCCAGAAAAGGACAGUGAGUGACUCAAAUUCAGGAUUGUGAAAGGCCCAGACAGAGCAGGCAGGUAUAGCAAAGGAGUGGGCCUUGAAGUGGGAAAGAAGACUUAGACAAGGGCAAAGGUCAGUUUCAGGUGGUCAGAAGACAUCAAGAGCAGCCAUCAUGGUCAACACAGGCAUGCAAUUGAUCAGCUUCACCUGUGCGGUAACAGGUUGGGUCAUGGCCAUCGCUGUGACGGCCUUGCCUCAGUGGAAGGUGUCUGCCUUCAUCGGCAGCAACAUCCUCACCUCCGAGAUCAAGUGGGAGGGCAUCUGGAUGAACUGCAUCUACCAGGCCACGGGCCACAUGCAGUGCAAGACCUACGACUCCAUUCUGGCUCUGCCCCCGGACCUCCAGGCAGCUCGUGCCCUCAUGUGUGUGGCAAUUUUCCUGGGCUGGCUGUCCUGCACCGUGUCCUGCUGUGGAAUGAAAUGCACCACGUGCGCUGGUGACGACCGCCGGGCCAAGGCAGGCAUCGCCCUCUCCGGCGGCGUGCUAUUCAUCCUGACGGGCCUGUGCGUGCUGGUGCCCGUCUCCUGGACCGCCAACACGGUGGUCCAGGACUUCUACAACCCCAAAGUGCCUGUCAUGUACAAGCGAGAGCUGGGCCAGGCGAUCUACCUGGGCUGGGCAUCUGCGGUUAUUCUGAUGAUCAGCGGGGCCGUGCUGAGCAGCACCUGCCCCCAUAUCGAGAGCGGAGGAGGGGAGUACCGCCGGGGGUACAUGGGCCGGAGCUUUCCUAACACGCGCCCCUCCCCCCUCGCACCUGAUCCUCCGAAACCGAUCACCUCCAACAGCGUGCCCCUAAAGGAAUACGUGUAGUCCAGAGCAAAGAUGGGAAAAAGAAUGUCAACAGGGUUGGAGUAUGGGAAGGCGCAAGGUUGAGAACGAGAAGAGGAAGUAGAAGGCUGGAGAAGGAAAAACUGUGACUGACUGUAGUGGAGGUGAGGUGUUGUGACUUGGAAGGUUUUUGAAGAUGUGACGCAUUAGUUUUGAAACUCUGCCGUUCUCUCGCGUUCUUCUACUGUGAUGCAUUUUGAUGUACUGUAAAUAUUUAUUUCAAAUGUAUUUUGUCACGGCCUCAAUUGUUUAUUUUUUAUAUAUAUAUAUAUAAUUGAGGCUGUUUCCAUAAUGCCUAUCAUUAUCCGCCUCAUGUAUUCCCUUGACUUCAUUACACAUUUAUUACACUGAGAUAUUUGGUAUUAGUGCGUGGACAGAUCACAAUAUUCUGCCUGGAAGACACGACAUCAAUCACCAUAAACACCUUUUAAAAUAUUAUGGUUUUGUGACUUGUGGUGUGAAGAUUGGAGUGAUUUUCUUUCACAAUUCUUCUCAGAUGACUAUUAAAUCUGUGAAAUAAUUCAGUCUCGGCACUACUUCAUUGACUUUGAAUAAGUCAAAAUUGUAAACUGUUUAUUCCAAGGGUAUUUUAGUAAGUUUGAACUUUUUCCUUCCAUAUGUUUUAGUUCAUGACAAACUGAUGGUGUUUUGAAGUUUGCCCAGAAUAUUGAAGGUGUCGUGCUCAAUGUUCAGCUGUGCACAACUCCAAACAGAAAGUGUUCCCUUUGCACAUAGUGAUGGAUCAAUCUAGACCUCUUACAGGCUGUUUGGAAUUCCUGUCAAAUUAAUUAUAUCUUUCAGGGCAGCAAGGGCAAACCAUGUGAGGUGAGGUGAGGUGAGGGAAAGGGGCAGCCAUCCUGAAUAAACCAGAUAGUUGGAGAAAGAAAAACAUGUUAAAAUGUUAUAUUUAUCAUUUAAUUGUUUUUCCACAGAAUUUAUUUUCGCUUCGUCAGAAGUUCUACUAUUCUAGCUCAUGAGCUGUCCUAAACAGUUAAAUUACCAGCAGAUGUCUUGAUCAAUAAUCCAGUGAGUCAGUGGUUCCUGUGCCACAUGCAAUUGCUUUGGAGUUGUUUGUGUUUUCUAAUUCUAUAUCUUCAAUCCAUAAAUAAUCUAGAUCUACAGUAUAUGCAACAGUAUCUCUUGUGCCUCUACCAAUGAUUUCAGAUGAUAUGCCUAAAUACUUAUAACAUAGGUUAAUAAAUAAAUGUAUUUCCAUUAUUGAAUUACAUUGUUAUUUCAAGUUAUCCCUUUGGAGUGCAAUACCACGUAUUUUAUUUUUAUUUUUUAAAGAUGCCCAAAUUGGGCACUUGAAGGAAUCUAGGAAUUAUGUUGCCUUUGAUUGUGUUCGAUAACAAUUUUAUAGACCUUUCACGAGUUGUAUGAAUCAUUAUUGGCAAGUGACUUGAGGCCGACUGUGCCGAAGCGAAUUCGUUUUUAGAACGGGAGUGACGAGUGUUUUGAUAUAACUGCAAUAUUGUCAAAAUGAUGAUUUUAACAACCAUCAGAAUUGGUUAAAAAAAAAAAGUUAUGCAUGCCAAUAUAUUAGGCGAUAAGAGAAAUUG